GUGCCGAGGCAGGCACACAAUAUGACAACAUCUAAACAGUAGCACUGCUAUUAUGUUAUACAUAGGCUUUAUUAGCAGCCAGGAAGCUAGCUAGCUACAAGAAGGACCCAGAUCGUGUUGAUCGAUCGGCAUCGGAACGGCCAUGGCGAGCUCGCCGUUGCCUCGGUGGGCGCCAACUCCGAGCCCGUCGCGGCUGCUAUGGCGUGCUUCAGCAGCCACCACCGGCAGCAGCCACAUGCUGUCCCCAUUCCGUGCCAUACUUGGAGCUUUACGUGGACGUACCCCCACGGCGGACGCACAGCCGCAGGCACCACCACUGGCCGUUGAGGCGGAAGAUACCGGGGGUCGCCGUGGCGAAAAUUCUGGGUUCGAUGGCAUUGAUCAUCGUGACGGCCUCCGGGAGGACCAUCGUCAUGAUGGCGGCGUGUUCAUAACGUGGGAGGAGGUGUGGGUGACGGCUGUCAACGGCAAGGGGCAGUCUGCCACCAUCCUGCACGGCGUCAGCGGCAGCGCGCGCCCCGGCGAGGUGUUGGCCAUCAUGGGCCCCUCGGGGUGCGGCAAAACCACGCUGCUCGACACCUUGGCCGGGAGACUAGACACAAACCUGAGAAGUAAAGGAGAGAUUCUAAUCAACAGCCGGAGACAGAAGCUCGCCUUUGGAGCCUCGGCGUACGUGACCCAAGAGAACGUGCUGAUGGCCACCCUGACGGUGCGAGAGGCCAUCUACUACUCGGCACAGAUCCAGCUACCAGACACCAUGACGGUGGCCGAGAAGCUCGCCCGCGCCAACGAAACAAUCCAGGAGAUGGGGCUCACGAGCUCGAUGGACACACGCAUCGGCGGGCGUGCUACCAAGGGCAUCAGCGGUGGGCAGCGGAAGCGGCUGAGCAUCUGCCUCGAGAUCCUCACUCGUCCGCGGCUGCUUUUCUUGGACGAGCCCACAAGUGGCGUCGACAGCGCCGCCUCGUUCCACGUGAUGAGCCGCAUUGCUGGCCUUGCCGCUAGGGAGGGCAUGACCAUCGUCGCCGUCGUGCACCAGCCAUGCAGCGAGGUGUUCGAACUCUUCCAUGCCCUCUGCUUGCUCGCCUCCGGGAAGACCAUCUUCUUUGGCCCGGCCGCAAAUGCUGCAGAGUUCUUCACAUCAAAUGGCUACCCUUGCCCACCAAUAAGGAAUCCUUCUGAUAAUUUCUUGAGGACAAUCAACAGAGAUUUCGACAUGGAAAGUGGAGAAAGAUCUGGAUCCAAGCCAUCUGUUGCAGAUGAAGCCAUACAAGUUUUGGUGAACUCCUACAAAUCCUCCCAAACUUCAGAAAUAGCAAAAAGGGAAAUAAACGACAUAAAUGAAACGACCCAUGGCGGAGCGAUGAUAAGAAGAAACCAGGCUAGUUUCCAAACUAAAGCGAUUGUACUCACCAGAAGAUCGUUUGUGAACAUGUAUAGAGACCUCGGGUACUACUGGUUGCGAUUUGGCAUCUAUACUGCCAUUAGCCUAAGCCUUGGUACCAUAUUUUAUGACUUCGGCUAUGGAUAUGAUUCUAUUCGCUCUAGAUCAUCAAUGCUAAUGUUCAUCGCUGCCCUUCUAACCUUAAUGGCAAUUGGAGGCUUCCCUUCCUUUGUGGAGGACAUGAAGAUAUUCAGGAGCGAGAGACUGAACGGACAUUACGGUGUGUCGACAUUUGUGAUAUCAAAUUCUCUGUCAGCCACACCAUAUCUUGUCUUCAUCGCUGUACUACCUGGUGCAAUAGCAUACUAUCUUACUGGUCUACAGAGAGGAAUUGACCAUUUCGCCUAUUUUACUCUUGUGCUUUGUUCGUGCACAAUGCUAGUUGAGGGCCUUAUGAUGAUAGUAGCCGCUAUCGUGCCAGACUUUCUUAUGGGUACCAUCACUGGUGCUGGAAUACAAGGUCUUAUGUUGCUUAACUGUGGAUUCUUCCAAAUGCCUAGUAAACUGCCAAAGAUAGUAUGGAAGUACCCAGUCUCCUACAUCUCUUUCCAUAAGUAUGCACUCCAGGGAUUUUACAAGAAUGAGUUCUUGGGUUUGGUACUCCAAAAUAACCAAGAAGGAGGAGACAAAACGAUUAGUGGUGAGCAAGUUAUCACUAAGUUAUUUGAAGUGGAGAUGGGGCACUCAAAAUGGGUGGACCUUGCAGUGCUAUGUGGAAUGGUUGUAACCUAUAGGCUGCUCUUCAUAGUAAUUAUUAAGGUUCUCGACACCAUCAAGCCCAUGUUUAAGGGUGCAAGAGUUAUGAGUCCUGUUGUAUGUACUUGUGGCGUCCAAAAUCCUUGUACCCAUUUAUAAUAUCUUUCUGCCAGUAAUGUAUCAAGGUGUAGCUAGCAUGUCCUAUCCAUCAAAAGAUGUAAACAUUAUUGAUUAAAAACAGUUACUAGAAUAA